AUGUCUCGGUUGGUAAUUGUAUCCGUCCUUACCUUCCAGAACGUCAUCGAACAAAAGUUUUGGCACAACUACAUGGAAUGGCCCAUCCAGGAACGCGUGCCACCAGGCGACUCAUUGCCGACCGCAAAUCAAAUCGUUGAGUGGUUUCAUCGCACACUCAAAGCCGCACUUUUGUGUACAAAUGCGGUAAACUGGCGCGAUCGCUUACCCCUGAUGUUGCUUGGUCUUCAAACAGCAUUCCGUGAAGAUCUGAAAUGGCCAACCGCGGAACUGGUCUACGGACAAGCCCUCAGAAUUCCUGGUGAAUUCUACGACAAACCAGUGGAAAACGUGGACCGCGCUGAAAUGUGUAAAAUUCUACAUCAAGCCUUCUGUGAGCUGAACGCACCGAACGUGAACCAUCAUUCCAAGCCAAAAGUUUUUGUGCACCCGAAGUUAAAGGAUUGCACUCAUGUUUUCAUUCGUAUCGAUUCGGUCAAGAAGCCUCUUCAACAGCCAUACGAAGGACCGUAUGAAGUUCUCCAAAGGAACGAGAAAUUCUUCGAUGUUUCUAUAUCAGGGAAAAAGCAAACCAUUUCGAUUGACCGCAUCAAGCCAGCGUUCCUAUGCGACAGCAACAUUUCGGACCAUCCUGAAGACAACCAUCGCACCGUAGUUACACCAUCUGGUCACCGCGUCCGGUUCUUGGUGUAA